UUGAUUUUCCCUCCAAUUUAGAAAUGUCAUAUACGUAUUUACAAAUUAUAUGAAGAUUCGAUUAUAUUAAAAAAAACUUUAAUUUUAAUUUAAAUUAUGGGAUUUUAUUACGAUCUUUUAAUUUAUUAGAACAUUUGUUGCAUUUUAAAUUUCGAAAUAUUUGUUUAUAAAAGAAUCCGAAUUUUAUUAAAGGUGAAAGCACACCAAGUAUUACGCAAACAUGGCCCAAAACCAAAAAUCAAUAUUGUCAUUCUUCCAAAAAGCCAAAAUCUCUUCCGAAAACUCAAAACCAAUGACAACCUCUGAUGAAGAUGAAGAUAGGUAUUUUCCAUUUUAAAUAUUAAAUUUCUUAUUUUUGUUACAGAUGUUGCCUAUUAUAAGAUGGAAAAUUUUUAAAACAAUAACUUGUAUUCAAACGACAAUAUCAAAAAAACCUUGUAUAGAAUUAGUCAAUAAUUGCCCUCUAAUCCAAUGUUCAUUUUGCAGCAUUAAAAAUGUUGGUAACAAAAAAAUUAAAAGAAGAAGGCUAUCCAGCAGUGAUGAAGAAAACUCUGAUAGCAACCAACGUUCAUCGAAAAAGCAGAUGAUUUCGCCACUAAAACAAAUUGCAAAUAUCAAGAAGGAGGAUAGUUUGGACAAUAAUAUCAAAAAAAAAUCGAAAGAUUCAAUAGAAACAGUGGAAAAGAAUAACGGUUUGGUUCAUUCGAAUGAUAAAAAAAGAAUAUCUUCGCAAGAAAUAAAAAGUGAAAAGGCAAGCAAACAAGUUGAAGAUUCAAUAACAAAAAAAAGUCCUGCAUUAAAAAAAAAAUCUUCGCCUAAAACUUCAGCAAAAAAAUAUGGAAAUUCAGUUGAUGCUAAAUCUAAUCAAAAUUCUGCAAACGAAAAUCAUGACGAAGAAUUGAAGGAAAAGAGUAAUUCAAUUGUAAAGAAAGAAUUAAAAGUGCAAUCGGCCGGAUCUGGUCAAAAAGGAGCAGAUUACAAUCCGUCCAAACCGCAGUAUCAUCCCAUCAAGGAUGCUUUUUGGGAAAAAGGAGAAAAAGUACCGUAUUUAGCGUUAGCGAGGACUUUCCAAAUGAUUGAGGAAAUUAGCAGUCGCUUGAAAAUGAUUGAUGUUCUGAGUAAUUAUUUUAGAUCGGUUAUAAUUCUCAGUCCUGAUGAUUUGCUUCCGAGUGUUUAUUUAAGUUUAAAUCAACUUGCCCCUGCUUAUGAAGGCAUAGAAUUGGGGGUAGCAGAAACAAACUUAAUGAAAGUUAUUGUCCAGACGACUGGUAGAAGUUUGGGACAAAUAAAAUCAGAUGUCCAAUCAAUCGGUGAUCUAGGGAUUGUGGCAGAACAAUCAAGAAGUAAUCAGCGAUUAAUGUUUAUUCCAGCCCCUUUAACUGUUAGCGGAGUAUUCAGCAAAUUGAAAGAUAUAGCAAAAAUGACUGGAACCGCUUCAACAAACAAAAAAAUUGAUAAAAUACAAUCAAUGUUUGUUGCUUGCCGACAUUCUGAAGCUAGAUAUUUCAUUCGAUCUUUGGGUGGAAAGUUAAGAAUUGGAUUAGCAGAGCAGUCAUUACUUCAAGCAUUGGCUGUUGCAUGUAGUAAAACGCCUCCUAAUCAAGAAAGUUUUCCACCAGAAAUCCUAAAUGCUGCAAAAAACAUGGGGGAAAGUAGCUUUAAAACAGUAUGUGAAGAAAACGCUUUAAUUUUAAAAACAGCCUAUUGUCAGUGUCCGAAUUACAACAAAAUAGUUCCAAGCCUUCUACAGAACGGAUUUGAAAAAUUAUUAGAAAACUGUCCGAUGGAACCUGGUACGCCACUGAAACCUAUGUUAGCUCACCCAACAAAAGGAGUCUUUGAAGUUUUCCAAAGAUUUGAAGGGUUAAAAUUUACUUGUGAAUGGAAAUAUGAUGGAGAACGUGCACAGAUACAUCGAGAUGAAAAUGGAAAAAUUAGCAUUUAUAGCAGAAACCAAGAGAAUAACACAAGUAAAUACCCUGACAUUAUUGCCAGAAUUGAGGAUAUGAAACUUGAAGGAGUAAAAUCUUAUAUCAUAGACAGUGAAAUUGUUGCUUGGGAUAUUGAGCGUCAGCAAAUUUUACCUUUCCAAGUUUUAAGUACCAGGAAACGAAAAGAUGCCGAUGAAAAAGAAAUUAAAGUUCAAGUUUGUGUGUAUAUGUUUGAUCUGUUGUUUCUAAAUAGUUGUGCGUUAGUGACAGAUCCCUUUAUAAAUAGACGCGCGAAAUUGAAAGAAAAUUUUAUAGAAAUUAGUGGGCAAUUCAAGUUUGCUAACGGAAUAGAUACUUCCGAUAUUGAUGAAGUUCAAACAUUUUUAGAAGAAUCAAUAAAAGGUAAUUGCGAAGGUCUGAUGGUUAAAACACUAGAAAAGGAAGCCACAUAUGAAAUUGCUAAGCGUUCCCGAAAUUGGUUAAAACUAAAGAAAGAUUAUUUAUCAGGAGUAGGUGAUUCCUUAGAUUUAGUUGUAAUAGGUGGUUAUCGAGGAAAAGGUAAACGUACCGGUACUUAUGGAGGCUUUCUUCUAGCAUGUUACGAUGCUGAAAAUGAAGAAUACCAAAGCAUUUGUAAAAUAGGAACUGGAUUUAGCGACGACGAUUUACAAAAUCAUGGGGAAUUUUUUAAAUCUCAUGUUCUUUCAAAUGGUCCAAAAUUUUAUUUUCGUUUUGAUAGUUCUCAUGAACCAGAUGAAUGGUUUGAACCCGUUCAAGUUUGGGAAGUUAAAUGUGCCGAUUUAUCAUUAAGUCCAGUUCACAAAGCAGCAGCUGGUAUAGUAGACGCAGAAAAGGGCAUUUCAUUACGUUUUCCGCGUUUUAUUAGAAUUCGUGAAGACAAGUCCCCUGAAGAUGCAACUUCGGCAAACCAAGUAGCGGAAAUGUAUUCUAAUCAAGAUCAGAUCAAAAAUCAGCAAAAUGUAACAAAAGAUCCCGAAGAUGAUUUUUAUUAAUAGUAAAUUGAAAAUAAAGAGUCAUUUUUUUAUUUAUGGUCA